AUGGACGAGCAGGCACUGUUUCGCCUGCUAGAGUGUUCAGUUUGUUUGGAACGUCUUGAUGCCACAAGUAAAGUUCUACCAUGCCAACAUACUUUUUGCAGACGAUGUUUGGAAGGGAUAGUUAAUUUACAGAACGAAUUGAGGUGCCCGGAAUGUAGGGACGUAGUACACUGUAGUGUUGCGGAAUUGCCAACAAAUAUCUUGUUAGUUCGACUUUUGGAUGGUAUAGUUUCAAGUAACUCAAAUCAGAGCACCGAUAGAACUUUUGGGAGGUUGUCACCCAUGACAACUAAAACCACUAAUGAAUCAUCUCGAAACAGAUCAACUUCAAAGAAUUCCACAACACCUCAGCCCUGUGCCGAAGCCUUAUUCAAAUACGAUGCCCAGGAACCCUGUGAUUUGUCAUUUAACAAAGGUGACAUGGUGAUCCUACGCAAGCGAAUCGAUGAAAACUGGUACUUGGGGGAACUGAAUGGCAAAGUCGGUUUCUUCCCAGCAGCCUAUGUCAAAGUUGUAAAUCCACUGCCAAAAGCGCCACCACAGUGCAAGGCCCUCUAUAGUUUUGAUGUCAAAGAGAAAGAUGACAAAGACUGUCUGUCGUUUGUCAAGGAUGAAAUUCUAAACGUGAUACGUCGAGUCGAUGACAAUUGGGUUGAGGGAAAAAAGGGGGACAAGAUUGGCAUCUUUCCAAUCUCAUUUGUAGAGAUGAAUUCUACAGCCAAGAGUUUAAUUGGUCAAACGUGGACAAGAAAAUCAACACCAGAUUCUGGCAGUGGGAAUGUAGCCAGUAACGGUAAUGGCAGUGUACAAAAUGGAGGAGCAACAGCUAGUCAAGAGGUUACCCGAAGGAGAGAAAAAACCCAGAAGCGUCAUUCAUUUGGCGCCAUUUUAAGUUCGCAAAAUAAAUCGCACCGGGACAACCAUCAUCGACAUUCGAUGGAGAUUGGAUCGCCGGUGCUUCUAAGUUCAAGUAAUCCCGCCGCUGCAACUCUGAUUGACCCUUGGGCCCUUGCGCAGUCAUCUGGCGCUCAAGCCGCAAGCCUACCGACGGCAGCAGCAAGUUCUAGAAAACCCCAGGCAUUACCGGCAAACUCGGCUAUUCCAGUUUCUAUGGUAACCAUGAUGCACACACCAAAUUCUCCGACGUUAAUGACAGCUGGGACGGCAACAGCUGCUGCUGCCCUCAAUGGUAACUGGCAAUUGACUGAUCAACAUGCACCCGUGGCGAAGCCUCAAGUUGAGGUGUACACUGCUGUAUUUUCCUACAAACCACAAAACCCUGAUGAACUUGAGCUCCGUAAGGGAGAAUUUUAUAUGGUGAAUGAAAAGUGUCGAGAUGGUUGGUACAAAGGUUUAUCCAUAAAAACUGGCCAGAUGGGUGUCUUUCCAGGAAACUAUGUUCAAAUGUAUAGGUAUGAUAAACCUCGAAGAUCGUCUUCAAGUACAGCAUCUGAGAUUAGUUCAAAUUUGCCAAAUCCAAUACCAGUAACUAUGGCAACUGUUACGACCUCCAGUACCACAUCAGGGGUGACCUCAAUUGCGCAAUCACAGCUUGUCAGCUGUGUAAAUAAUCAAUCAGGUGCUAAUUUGCAUAUACGAAAUACAGGUGUAAGCUCCACAGCUUGCCAAACAAUACCCAUCUCACAGCCAAGUAAGACCAGCAUUCAAGGAACAUCAGGUGUUACUUCUGGUAGUCCAAACACAUAUCCAGUACUAGAAACAAGAAUACAAUCUCUUCCUUCCCACGACGCAUCAAAAAUGGCAGAUAUGCAUUGUAACGCUGGUCAAAAGCAAAUAUCACAUACUGAGCGUGCUCCACAUAAACAAUCCACACCUAUGAAUAUUCCAACACAGGUGGCCAAGCAAACUGUAAACAAUUCACCGCGAAAUUCGCCACCUGGAUAUCACGGAGCAAGAGUAGCUGUCAGUAGUACAAGUACUAACCGGGUGGUUGCCGGUACCCAGACUAUGGCUACUCAAACAAGCACUCAAAAAAUUCCUGUACGGACACAACAACCAGUCAGACCAAAGCACCCAUCUGUCGCCUUUAGACAUGGUUCCGCAAGUCCACCAAAUGUACCAAUGCACCCAAGUCAAAAUAGCCGCUCGACCCAAGGACCAUAUCAACAGCAAGCGUUACCUAGUAGUGUACCAGUUAGCCCUAGCCAUUGUCACGGUAAUGGAAAUGCAAACGCAUCAACACAAUCAGUGGGAACAAAUGGAAAGAUGCGUGCACACAAUAAAGUUGUACGUGUGAAUUCGCAAACACAAACUUCAACAACUAAAGUACCAAACAGUUGCGUAAACCGUGUGCAAACUGUGCAUAGAACAGUAUCCACGCCAGAGCCAGUUAAGGAACCGCGAAGCAGUUCUCCCGGGGGAAGCCCAAUGCGUCGCCGAUCAACAUCAGCCGGGGCUGACGAUCGACAGAUGUUGAUUCUAGAAGGAGCAUCUAGUAAUCUUCCAAAAUCGGUAGCAACUCAAUUUGACGGACCUCAUACACCGCACAGUACAAAAGAGCCGCAGCAUUCCACUGCAGUAAAUGAUUAUAUUGUGAAUUUGUCACUGCAGAAAAACCGUAGGCACAGCGAAGGGGAACAGGAUAAAAGACUUGCCGUGCACAAGCCCAGUCACACACCCCCACCAGCUUCAUCCCCACCUGGGUCACCACCUCCAGCUUAUUCAGCAAUACCAAUGCACGGAACAUUUGUCCCGAAACCUGUCUAUCAAACAGGACCCGAUGGUCUUCUGGCCGUGAUGGAUCCGCCAAUAACGCCUCCAAAUAGGACGGUACCAGAUUAUGAUGUAUUCUUCCCAAGCACGACGGCAGGUGGUUCACCAAAGAAUGAAAAGAAGGAACGUAAAGAGAAGGAACGCUCAACUAGUUUUAUGCGCAAGCUUCGCAAAAGAUCAAAAUCACCGCCAGAUGACCAUUCUCACGCCAGAUCGUCAUCUCUACCAAUUGAUGAGCAAGCACCUCAUGUUGGUGAACGUAAAUCUAAAUCAGCAGACAGUACUGGCCGCACAGAAUCUGAAAACGCCGCAUCAAAUAGUGCAGACAGACGCGAGAAACCUUCUAAAACCCCACAGCUAGCUAGAGCUAUGUAUAAAGUUGUUGUACCAUACCCAGCAAACAGUGAUGCCGAACUCAGCUUGAAAAUCGGAGAUGUUGUAUUUGUUCACAAGAAACGUGAUGACGGGUGGUUCAAGGGAACGUUAAAGAGCUCAGGCCGGUCAGGCCUGUUUCCAGGAAGCUUCGUGGAGCUAUGCUCUCUUCAGGCCUAGCUCCAGGCCUAGCUCUAGACCUAGCUUAGAAAAUGUAUUUAUAAUUCCAGAGCUGUGUGUUGAGGGUUGAGAAGAAAAAAAAUGAAACCUUGAAUUCCAAUAAGGCCUAUUUAUGUUUUGACUGCCGUUAGGGUGAUGUAAACUACUAGGCCUAGCUAUGAAGAUGAUUUUCAAUGCAACAGUUUAUGAUUAUACCUACAAUGCUAGUCUUCAAAAUGUAAGGCCUAGGGUUGGCUUUCACACUAUUACACUAAGUGAAAUUGAAUCCUACCAAAUUUUAAUUAGCAGGAUUCUAAAACAACUGAUAAUAUGUUGACGAAGUUGGGAUGAAAAUGCAACUGAGAAAAAUAAAUAUUGGGGAAAAUUUAGGGUUUCAGCCAAUUUUAUACAUUUUUUUGCUUUUAAUUUUUGUUUUUAUGAUUAAUAAAUUUUACACUUUGUUUAGUGAGUAAAUCUGGAGUCAUUAAUAGGUGACAUUGUCAAUUACAAUCAAGGAAUGAUGUAAUUAUAUUUAAGCCACUUUCAGACAGAGCUACAUAAGGCGUUAUUACGUUAUUAAUAUUACCGCAAUAUAUGGAUGGUCUAUGUCGGUAAGCGUACCAGUGCUAUUACCGCCAUAUUUUCAGAACUUCCGUUUGUAAAUGACUAUAGUUUUCUACCAUAUCCAAAAGCAUUGACUGGCCCACUACAGUAGAUAUAUCACAUAGAGUAUAAGUUUAUGAACUUCUACCAGUUUACCAGCUUAUGCCAUUUAAAUCCCAAGAGAAACCACCCCUAUGAGCUAUGAUGGAACAGCCCACCAUCCUCCAAUUUAUACCAAAACAUUAGCUUUUUAGUACUCACCAGAGUAAAAUGUGAUACCUCUUCGGUUAUACGUCUUCAGUAAAUAACUAUGCUAAUUUCUCUCUCAAGAAUAACAACUCCAUUUAAUAGUAAUAGAAUGGUCUGAUCCCUGGUUCACAUGGCCAAAAUUGUCACAUCCCACCUGUUUUUUUGUUAAACGAACCAUUGUUUUUAUACUUCUGAAAUUCAAUCAAAAACUUGUUAAAUUAAAUAUCUAAUGUUUGUAAUAUAUAAUUUUUAUAUUCUGUGAAUUUUUUUUUUGUCAGUUUUUAUCCCACCAUUAUAGUAUGUAUUUCUUCUGCAUUUUUCUUGGUAAACUAUCUGGUUUUCCCCAUGUGGCUUUGAUUGAGUAUCUGAUUUUACAACAGUUUUCAACUUAGGCCUAAGUAUGAGCACUUUGGGAAGCUAGCAGCUGUUUGGUGUUCCUUUCCUGAGGAGAAGGAACAUGAUUUACAUUCGAAUAUCCAACAGUGUUCUGUAAAUGAGAAAAUGAUGGGCUUUAUCGAUCCAUGGGAGCAGCUAUAGGUACUCUGGGACCGGCUGUCUACGAUGGAGGGCACAACGCUCUUAUCAUGAUUAAUGGUGUAGGCUGCAGUAAUAGACUCGCAUUACAUACUCAACAUCACAUACAUAUUAUGCUAGACUGGUAGAUAGUUACAUGUUUUGCCAUCAAACACAUCCUCCCAUCGGAUUCCUAAUUUAAUAUAUGGACACAUUAUAUUUAGUAAAUUUAUUUGCAAUGUAGGGUGUUCUGAAAGAGCUUUCCAUACUUGUAAAAUAGUUUUUACUGCUUGUAAUUUCAGUUAAUGCCAAAAUAGUAAACUAUAUUUUUUCAGUAUUUUUUCUUUAAAAUUUCUUGAUGCUAUUUUAUUUUAUUUUUUUAAAUUUAUUUCCCUGCAGACAUACACACUAGGUGCAGAAAUAGAGGGAGGGCUUGCCCAGUGGGAGGGACCCAUCCACCCCUCCCCCCACCUUUUUUCUACAACCCCUUCAUUUAAUGCACCAGUUGUGUGUUGCAGAGAUGACAAUCACUGUACUUGUGCGAAUAUGCGCAAUAUAAAAAAAUAGGAUAUGGGAACUAUUAAGAUAAGUGGUAAAGGAAAAAUAAACGUUAAUAGUAAUGACAAAGAUGUGAAUUUAAAUGAUGAUGAUGAAUAAAGAUAAUAACCAUUAUCACUAAAAGUAUUAUAUUUAGGGAAGUGGUUAUACUUUACUGAUUCCAUCUCAAUUUGCUUGAUGCUCAUUUUACAAUAGUAGAAUAUCUGCAAUAUAAACACAUUAGCUAAGAAAGAUGAUAAGUUUGUUCACUCCAAGUAGGACACAGAUUUUAUGACCAAAUGAGGGCAGUAUAUACAUGUCUCCUUGAGUGUUUUGUAUUUUUAUUUAAUGUUGAUUUUAAUUUUAAGCUCUGCCCAAAUUAAUUAUCAAAUUUUCUUUGACAAAAAAUGUUGUAUGCCCAUAUUAGUCAUGAUGUGAUGUCAUCAUGACCAUAUUUAGUGAUGUCACAUGUUUUUGUCAAAUAAAAUGUGAUAGCGUGGACAGGGCUAUAUGCUCCUAUUCCCACCCAAUGUCUACCCAUAAAUUUUUAAGUUUAAAAUGAAUAGUUUUAUUUUUUAGAAGUGUUUUGUAGCAUUUGAUUGCCACCGAUUAUCAGUUUCAAAAUCUCAUACAGACAGCAAGGUGCUUAGUUGAGAUUAAGAGUUUAUAAUUUAUAUUUAUGUUGUGUUUCAUCUAUCACUUCUGUAUUAUAUUAUACAAAAUUAUAAGAUCAUACCUGACAUCUGUCAGUCAUUUGUCAAUAGAGGGCAGUAUAUCAGUAGUCAUUUGUCAGUAGAGGGCAGCUUUUUUUUUAGGUCUUAAAUUAUAGAAAUUAGGUUUUUUUUUUCUUGAAUUUUAAUUAUUUAUUCAUAUUCAUUCAUUCAAAUCAGUUUCAUUCACUGGUUAGCAGUGAGGCAUGUUUACAAAUACGUUGCUGGGAUAGGUGUUUGAGCUUACAGAGAGAUGAGUGGUGUGUGUAUGUAUGCGAGUGGUGUGUGUAUGUGUGUGAAUAAGUGGUGUAAAUUUUGAUUAAUUAUAAAACUUGUUAAAAAAUGUUAUUCAAAACUAGUUCCGAAUAGAAUUGACCAUUAUAAUUUAAAUCACAAAUUCCUGUUCAAUAAUGUAUACCAUAGUAUCCUGUUUAUGGUUUCAUGAAGGAAUGUAAGAUGUAUAUUACAUGAGAGGAAUGUAAGAUUUAUAUUACAUUUUUAAGUUAUAUAACGUAUAUGCGAGGCCUUUCCAUGAAAUGAGAUGCAUCAUUAGUGAGGCCAAAUUGAGAUAAUCAUCAAAUUAGUUCUGAGCCAAAAUUUAUAUGCUUAUUAGUUUAUUGUUACAGUAUAUUUUCUAAAAACCAAGUU